GAGUAUGGGAUCCAUGACGGCAGCACCUGGAAUGAGUAUGGGAUCCACGACGGCAGCCCCUGGAAUGAGUAUGGGAUCCAUGGUGGCAGCCCCAGGGAUGAGUUUGGGAUCCACAGCAGCCCCAGGAAUGAGUCUGGGAUCCACGACAGCUGCCCCAGGGAUGAGUCUGGGAUCCAUGGUGGCCCCAGGGUUGAGCUUGGGAUCCACAGCAGCUCCAGGGUUGGGUCUGGGAUCCACAGCAGCUCCAGCGGCUGCGUCAGGGUUCUCUCUGGGAAGCUUGUUGUCUGGACAGACCACCACUACUGCCCCAGCAGGAGGGGGCUUCAGCUUUGGAGCUGCUUCUCAAGCCCAAACCCAACCGGCAGCAUCAGCUGUGCCCGCAGCCACGACGGCAGCCAGCGGGCUGUCGUUCGGGGCGUUCAGCUUUGGAGGCGCCAAAGUCCAGGUGACCUCAGCCGCGCCUUCUGCUCCCACGGGAGGGGGGUUCAGCUUUGGCACCUCGGCCCCUUCCAGCCUGGCCCAGCCUCAGCCCCAGCCAACGUCCACCACUGCUACUUCAACCAGCCAAGGUGGAGGGUUUAACUUUGGUAUUAAGCCCUCAUCCACCCCAGCUCCCCCUGCGUUGACCCAGGCUGCCCCAAACAUAGGCCCAACCCUGUUUGCUUCGCCCAUCACCACCACAACUGCCGCCGCCACCUCUGCACCAGCCACAGGCUUCAUGAUGGCUGCGGCCCCAGCUUCAUCAGCAGGCGCUACGACCACCACGGCUCCCGGGACAGGAGUGUCCUUCAUGCUCAAGCCGCUGGGCUCGGUCGCCACCUCGGCCCCUGCCUCAUCCGCCCCAUCUGCAGCCGCCACGACAGGAGCUGCCACGGGCUUUUCUCUGGGAUUCAAACCUGCAUCCAGCGCCACGACAACUGCGACGGCCACGACCAUCGCCACCGCCACAGCUCCGCCGGUCAUGACCUACGCCCAGCUGGAGGGUCUCAUUAACAAGUGGAGCCUGGAGCUUGAGGACCAGGAGAGACAUUUCUUACAGCAGGCCACCCAGGUCAACGCAUGGGACCGAAUGCUGGUGGAGAACGGAGAGAAAAUCACUGCCCUGCACAAGGAGAUGGAAAAGGUGAAGCUGGACCAGAGGCGGCUAAACCAGGAGCUGGACUUCAUCCUGUCCCAACAGAAGGAGCUGGAGGACUUGCUUUGCCCGCUUGAGGAGUCGGUGAAGGAGCAGAGUGGAACCAUCUACAUGCAAAACGCAGACGAGGAGCGCGAGAGAACGUACAAGCUCGCAGAGAACGUGGACGCGCAGCUGAAGAGAAUGUCCCAGGACCUGAAGGAGAUCAUCGAGCACCUGAACACGUCCAGCGGCCCGGCAGACACCAGUGACCCGCUUCAGCAGAUCUGUAAAAUUCUCAACGCUCACAUGGAUUCUCUACAGUGGAUCGAUCAGAACUCGGUUCUCCUGCAGAGAAGAGUGGAGGAAGUGUCCAAACUGUGUGACAACCAGCGCAAGGAGCAGGAGAAAACCUUCCGUUUAACAUUUGACUGAUUUAAAGUAAAUAGCUUGAACUGUGCAUAGUGAGGUCAGAAGUACAAUACUAUACUACUUAGGGUGUUCCGAUCCUGCUUCAUUGAUUCUUUCUUUCAGUUUUACAAUGUCUUGAGUUUCCUAAAGUUUUUUUUUUUUUCCCAAAUACAACAGCUUUUAUACAAAGCUUAUUUCUCUGUCCACACAAAUUAUUCUGAAUAGUGCGCUUAAAUAAAUGUUUGAUAUAAUUCUCUUUUUUUCUUUGUUUGCUAGUUUUUUGAUAACAAAAGUUAAUAAUUUGUCUCAUUGGCCCUUUGUCACACUGAAACAAACCUAAGAACAAUCAUUGCUACUGACAAAUACAAGUGGGUUUGUUUUUUGUUUUUUUGGUGUCAAAUGAAAUACUAAAAGCCUGCCUUUUGUUCACCAAAUGCAGUUAUUAGGUAUAUUUAUCAGAUUCAAUUUCUAUUCUUUCAACAAAAACAAUGUUUUGGUCAAAUGUGUUGACCCAGAUAAAAAUCAGUUGCUGUUUAAUAUGCAAUAACUGAUAAGUUACAAAGACCUAACUUAUCACAAAUAAAAAAAAAAAGAACAUCUUACCUUUCAGGCUUUCACUGAAAUCGUAAGUGCAGGGGACAAUAAGUGUCAUAAUGUAUUCAUUUUCUAUCUAGUCCUGUCUAAUCUGACUUCUUGGCCAAACCUUGACAUUCAAAUUGGGUUAUCUCGGUGUGGUGGCUGUGACUCGUCUCUUUUAACAUCGGUCACUUCUCCAGAAGAAUGCCGCGCGGUGCUUCUGGAACACGGUGGCGUCGACUGCUUCCCCUGAAAAAUAACCCAGCGAAAACAUUCACCUUUACAUGGCUUCUUCUGAGUAAAAUGUACAGGAAUAAGGAUGAGGUCUGGAUACUGCUGUGCACACAGAGCUAUACUAAAGUUCAUUAGUGGAAAUGAGUCUUAUGAUUUUUUAUUAUACUUGGCAACAAUUGAAACAUGAUUACAUUUACAAAACAUACUUUUUAGCAUUUUUUUAUACGUUCCCUUUGGAUUCCUCACAUGGAACAAGAAUUGUUCCCUCAGUGAUGAUCUACAGUACAGUGGAUGCUACCUGGA